CUGCGCUGACUGCAGCAGCAUCAGCUGCACCAACAAGUGCACAUUUCCAUAGUUACAACAUCCGGGAGUCUUUGCUCCCAUAGCUACCAAACACAGACACGAGUUCUUCCAUGCAGUGUUAUGACAUGUCAUAGCCUUCAAACAUGAGACAUAUGGAAAUAUUUAGAGGGCAGUUAGACAACAUUUCUCGUCCUGCAAGCAGCGGGUUAACAGGUAGUAGAGUAUCGAGCGUCUCCCCUCAAACAGAAAGAAUUACUUCCCCUAGUGCACUUUCUCUCGUCGUUUUGACACAGAAUGUACAGAGUGGCGUUGAUCUCGUCACUUCUGGGGAUAAUGAUUUAUGUGCCACUACCAAGCACGAGGAUGAGGAGGAGGAUUUAAAACUACAGAAGGCUAUUGAAGAAAUGAGAAGACUUGAUGAAAUUCUCUCAUUUAAGACUGUUCAAGGACAAGAAGCCAAGCGACAAAGAAAGGAGAUUAGAGAUAAACUUUGGCAAGAACUAUUGCAGAAUACACCAAAAGGACGCUCUGAAUGUGCCCACGAAGCUUCAAAUACAAGGUCAUUUUUAGCUCUGGAUGCUCUCACUGCAAAAGUGCAUAAAGAAGAGGUAAACUAUGAACCAGUUUUUGAAACUGAAGCCCCUGAUUGUGAUGAUGACAGAAAACAUGUGUAUUCAAUGAGCAACAGAUCUGCUGACAGUGUUGAGUCGUUACCUGAAACAGAUUUUAUGGACAUAGAGCAAGAGCAUUCUCAAGGAAGCCAUUGUGAAGGUUCCAAAAUCAAGAAAAAACAUAAGGACUUUGUCAAGAGAAACAUUGAGUUGAUAAGCGCUGAAGGGGGCCAAGAGGUUUUGACUCAACUCGAGAAAGAGCGUCUAGACGAGCUCCUCCGGGAAAUAGACCAAGAGGAAGAGGACUGUGCCAGAGGUGCAGAUGCAGAGGAUGAUGUGUGGGCUGUGUCAGUCUCAACUGGACAAGGAUACACCCCAGAGCCUCCAGACCUCAAGCAGCUUCACGACAUUGACUCCAGGAUCCGACUUCUACUUCCUGUUGAAGAAUUUGCUUCUUUGCAAACAUCCUACUCAAAUCUUAGUGAGGUUCAGCCAAUGCAUUCUGGUGCAUUCAGCCGUAUCUGCUGCUUAUCAGGACUGGAGGAGAGGAACCUUUCGCUGAAGGUGGAUGCUGUCUGUGAGGCCUGGCUUCGGCCCAGAUGCUGUCACACUGAUCACAGGGGCUCGGAGGCUGGCUGGAGGACUGAGGGAGACCCGCUGCCAGGAGAAAAGGCCCUGAAGGACGAGAGGGAGAGGAGAGGGCAAGAGAGACGACUCCAGGAGAUUCAACAGCAGCUGCAUAGACUGAGCCACAGCCAAGACGAUGAGGGCCCAGAUCUGACAGAGGAGCAGCUGCAGAGUCUCCUGGAGGAGUGUGAACUGGCUGAAACCUGGACCAGAGACAUGGAUGUGAAUGACUUUAGUCCACGCUGACAGUACCUCUAUAGACCCUGCAUUCAUUUAAACCUGACUGUCAUGCAUCAGGUUUAAAUGAACUGACGAACAGCCCAU